CCUUUACUGGACUGGGAAACCUAGGCUUCCCCGCCCUGUGCAGAGUAGAGCCACCUACCUGUGUGAGGACUGACGCUUUGUGGAUAAGUAUGUGAGGUAUGGAAGCCUCAGACAAAGGGCUCUUGAAGGUAGCUGGUCCAUCCUCUUUCAGAGUUAGAUGGGACUUUUAGUAGGGGUAAAUCUUUAUUUAAGAAAAGAGUGUUUAGGGGGCAGGUGGAAGAAGGGACACCGCAGGGGGUGCGGAUGGCUCUGCUAGCCCCAGAGUGCCCAGUGGCCUUGUCUCAAGGGCCCUGGCCUACCUUUGAAACUCAGGAAGGAAGCAGAUGGACCUACGGAGACAAAGGUGAGGUAAGGUAUUCCCAUCAAGGAGGCAUUGUGACGUGAAUGGUGAGGAAGGAAGAGAGGGCGGAGAGAUCGGGACUUAGGAAUGAUCAUGGGAAGUUUACCUCCCAAACUACUGUGAAUCUGAAGAACUGAACAGGAAAAGUUUAAAGCUGCCUUGGAUACCAAGAGCCAUGUUUGACCAGGACUGUGGGAUGGUCAUGUUCAUGUUGGAGGCUCUUGUGAGGAGAUGAGUUGGUGAACAGAGAAGCCGCCAUGAAGAUGCUCCCAGGAGUGGGCGUGUUUGGGACUGGCAGCUCCGCCCGGGUGCUGGUCCCACUGCUGAGGGCAGAAGGGUUCACCGUGGAGGCCUUAUGGGGGAAGACUGAGGAAGAGGCCAAACAGCUUGCUGAGGAGAUGAACAUCACCUUCUACACCAGCCGGACAGAUGAUGUCUUGCUGCAUCAAGACGUGGAUCUGGUGUGCAUCAAUAUCCCCCCUCCACUCACCCGGCAAAUAUCUGUGAAGGCUCUAGGUAUUGGGAAGAAUGUGGUUUGUGAGAAGGCAGCAACCUCCGUGGAUGCCUUCCGGAUGGUGACAGCCUCACGCUACUACCCACAGCUGAUGAGCCUGGUGGGGAACGUGUUGCGCUUCCUACCUGCCUUCGUGCGCAUGAAGCAGCUGAUCGCUGAGCACUACGUGGGUGCAGUGAUGAUCUGCGACGCCCGCAUCUACUCAGGCAGCCUGCUCAGCCCCAACUAUGGCUGGAUCUGCGACGAGCUUAUGGGCGGUGGGGGCCUGCACACCAUGGGCACCUACAUCGUGGACCUUCUGACCCACCUGACUGGCCGGAGAGCCGAGAAGGUCCAUGGGCUCCUCAAGACCUUUGUGAGGCAGAAUGCAGCCAUUCGUGGCAUCCGGCACGUCACCAGCGAUGACUUCUGCUUCUUCCAGAUGCUCAUGGGUGGGGGAGUGUGCAGCACAGUAACACUCAACUUCAACAUGCCAGGUGCUUUUGUGCACGAGGUCAUGGUAGUAGGCUCUGCAGGACGCCUCGUUGCCCGGGGAGCUGACCUGUAUGGGCAGAAGAACUCUGCCACACAGGAGGAGCUGCUCCUGAGGGAUUCGUUGGCUUUGGACGCAGGACUGCCUGAGCAGGGGCCCCAGGAUGUCCCGCUGCUCUACCUAAAGGGCAUGGUCUACAUGGUGCAGGCCCUGCGCCAGUCCUUCCAGGGGCAGGGGGACCGCCGCACAUGGGACCAUACCCCCGUCUCCAUGGCCGCCUCAUUUGAGGAUGGGUUGUAUAUGCAGAGUGUGGUAGACGCCAUCAAAAGGUCCAGCCGAUCCGGGGAAUGGGAAGCUGUGGAGGUGCUGACGGAAGAACCUGAUGCCAACCAGAACCUGUGUGAGGCGCUCCAGCGGAAUAAUCUCACUUGUGGCUCCUCAGGCUCCAGGUGCCCAGACACUGCCCCUCCUCGCCUGAAACCCCGUCCAGGGGGCUGCCUCCUCCCGGCCAGCAAGGGUCUCGUCGUGGCCUGACCUAGGAGGGGGACUGCAGAGAGCCCCACCGGUCAGGACACUGGUGGAGUUGAAGGAGAAGCUACCCCCUCUGCCUAGGGACCAUCAGCU